AUGACCUUCCUCAGGGAAGACGAAGUUGAUGAUCAUGAGCAUGUGUCAAUCAAUGACAAUCAUGCCAACUGUGAAAUUGUGACUCCUGAAGGUGAUAAGUUAGGGAAAUGGUUGAGGUUAGGCCUCAAAGGAGACAUGCCUGAGGAAGCAGCAGAACAACAAAACCCAUCAAAGCCUCUCCACAACAAGGUUUUCUCAUGCAACUUCUGCAUGAGAAAGUUUUACAGCUCACAAGCCUUAGGGGGUCACCAGAAUGCACACAAGAGGGAAAGAGAAGCAGCUAGAAGCUACCAGUCUCGUAGGAUGAUGACAACAAGAUCACCAAUGGGGCUUGCUUACACUUCUCUGGCAUCUAGGUCACUGGGAAUACAGCCUCACUCCCUUGUGCACAAACCAGGCAGAGAAAGGUCUGCUAUGGUGGCUAGAUUCAGUGAUGCCAACAGUAAUGGGGUUGGAGUGGCAUCAUGGACACCCUUUAUGCUUGAACAAGCUGUGGAUUUCUAUUGGCCAGGUAGCUUUCGGGUGGACUUGCCAAAGCAAGAGUCAGAUGUUAAUAAGAUUGACUUAGAUCUUCGGCUCUGA